AUGGCCAGCCGCAUCCUACUCAUCAACGGUCCCAACCUGAACCUCCUGGGCACCCGUGAACCCGCCGUCUACGGCUCAACGACCCUCGCCGACGUCGUCUCCAUGGCCGAGAAGCAGGCCUCUGACCUGGGCAUCAAAGUCGAGAACUUCCAGUCCAACCACGAGGGCGCCAUCGUCGACCGCAUCCACGAGGCCAGGGGCAACAUCGACGCCAUCGUCAUCAACCCCGGCGCCUACACACACACGAGCGUCGCCAUCCGCGAUGCUCUCCUCGGCGUCGAUAUCCCCUUCGUCGAGUGCCACAUCUCCAACGUCCACACGAGGGAAGCCUUCAGACACCACAGCUACUUGAGCGACAAGGCGACCGCCGUCAUCUGCGGGUUGGGCGUCUACGGGUACACGGCGGCCAUCGAGUUUGCAGCGAAGCACAUGAAGAUUAAGCAGAAGGCUUGA